AAUCAAUGAUACGUAAACAUACAUAAUAUAUCCUUGGAUACAAUCAGGUUUCAGGUACAAUGCAGAGUUUCUUACGUCCGCGGUAGAAAAAGCUGCGAGAUUUGUCUUUUUUAUGACACUCAGUGCGGAUGACUACUGCUAAAACUUCGUAAGGGCGUGCGCAUUAAGGUGUUAUCUCAGUAUCUGUUGAAUUAGUAGCGGAAAUCGCCGAUGAGUAACCUCUUAGUCUUACACAUGUUGAACAAUAUCAAGAAGCAUUGUUUUAUGGAGAAGAGACUUGUUAUAUCCUAAGAUUUCUAGAAACAACAUGACAGACAAAUACGUGGUUGAGGAGACUAAUGGCAUCACUUCAGAAUUGAUGCCUGUGGUAGCAAUACCUCUGCAACGACUGGAAGACCACGAUGUCUCUGUUCUUGCACACGACGUGGUUCAUUUGACUCUUCACCAGGCGGCUCGGGAUGGCGAUCCACAGCAGCUGGCAAGGCUUAUCGAAUUGCUGCCUGACGUGUCUCGUGCCAUCAACAAAAAUGACGAGAAUGACAUGACACCACUGCACUAUGCAGCAAGGCAUAACUAUAUAGACAUAGCCAGACUACUAGUAGACAGUGGCGCAGAUGUAAACAACAAGGGCACAGAUGGACUGGCCCCACUGCAUUAUGCAGCCAGACGGCAUAGACUUGUCCACAGAAAAAGUCUGGCGGCCAUCAUCAGCCGUCUACCAGCAGCAAAGGUAAAAGCCCUUGCUAACAGUCUUGUGGCACUGCGUUCAAGUCAACAUAGCAGCCAACAAGGAUCCCAGGACAUUGAACCUGUGCCUAACCUGAAUGUAAUACAGGUUGGUGAGCAGAAAAAGCAAGGCGAAGAUGAAGAUCAGCCAACUGUUUCAACUGAUGUUACUAACUCUGAAGAUGAAGAUGAAGAAGAAGAAGAAGGGGCCAGUGAGCAAGAAAGUGUCAUCAAGUUUCUCCUUAGCAAGGGAGCUCUAGUCAACAUUAAGAACAUGUACGGGUCGACACCACUGCAUUUUGCAGCCAUGCGUGGUAAUCUAGAGGCAGCUGUGGAUCUGAUACAGUUCGCACACAUUGACAUUGAGGCAGUGGACAAACAAGAAAGCACAGCGUUGCACCUUGCAUGUGUGUACGAUCAUGUCAUCGUCGUUGAAGCCUUGCUAAGUGCCGGAGCCAAGCUGCGUGCUCUGACCUUCGAUAAGAGAACACCUCUUCAUCUAGCUGCCGUGGAAGGUCACACACUGAUCAUGCAGAUGUUGCUAGAAGCUGGACAUAAUACCGAGGGUUGGGCUAUUGUGUCACAAAUGGUGACUGACCAGGACUCUGAAGAUAGCACUGCUCUGCACCUGGCGAUUGAUGGAGGGAGCUAUGACAUAUGCGAGAUACUAUUACAGAAUGGUGCAGACGUGAAUACACACAGAAACCACUACAAUCGACCGCUCCACUUGGCGGCACAUUUUGGAAACCUGCCUAUUGUGAAGCUGCUUCUUCAACACAAUGCCGUCAUCGACACUAUGAAUGACACACGUGAGACACCCUUGCAUCGUGCCGCCGCCAAUAACCAUGGCGACGUUGUCGUCUAUCUUAUCACCAACGGAGCCAGAAUUGAACACAAGAACACGGACAACUUUACCCCGCUGCUCACUGCUGCUUCUCUUGGCCACACCGAGGCCAUACAGCAACUGCUGGAAUACAAAGCCAACAUCGCUGCUGUGGACAAAAAUGAAAAGUCUGCCGUCUAUUGGGCAGCACAGGGAAACCACCUGGAAGCACUGAAGGAGCUGCUCAGCCACUAUAAGUCUCGGCGUAGGAUAAACUGCGGUGAUCGUGUUGGCGUGACAGCACUCCACAUGGCGGCUCAGAAUGGGUUCCGCGACUGUGUUGCCCUCCUUCUAAAACACGGCGCGACAAUUGAUGAAAAGAACGAGUGGGAAAAGACGGCACUUCACCUGGCAGCUCAGGACGGCAGGACGAAGACGUGUCAGCUGCUACUGCAGCACAGCCACAUGAUCGUCAGCGAUGAGGAUGAGGAUGCGAACACCCCGCUGCACCUUGCUGCGUUGGCCGGACACAGAAACAUCGCACGUCUGCUGCUCAGAUACGGAGCAGACGUGCAGGCAAGGAACUGCAAUCUGUGGGCGCCGCUUGACUGUGCUGCUUACCAUGGCCACGUGGAUGUCAUCGAGGUGCUGCUUGAAGCUGGCUGUAACGUGGACCCCACCGACAUAUCAAAGACCACGCCUCUACACCUGGCCUGCACCAAGGGCCAUGUCACUUGCGUCAAGAUGCUGCUGAGAUGGGGUGCCAGCGUGGCGUACUGCGACAGCGAUGGCUUCAACUGUCUCGAUCGUGCCAUCAACAGCGGCCGUACAGACGUAGCCAUGGCGAUUAUCGAAAGCGCGGCGUGGGAAGAGUCACUCAGAAACGACACAGUGAACAAGGCGAAUGGACGUCGCCAAACGCCCAUGAGAAAACUUAUCCAGAAGAUGCCUGAUGUGGCAGACGCUGUGUUCACUAAGUGCAUCCGUGCCAACAAUGUUCACUCUGAACAUCCCCACUACCAACUCACCUUGAACUUUGAGUUCCUCGACGACACCUACAGUGUCUGGACAAAGCCAACAAUACCCUCUAGUGGCAGUCUGCACUCAAGUAACAGAAAUAUCUACACUGAUGAGGGAUAUCUCACGACAGAAGCUGCGCCUUACACAGAGGAGCCCAGUUUGCAAAAGUCCAACCACCCACUGAUGAUAAUGGUGAAAGCAAAGAGGGAGCACUUACUGAGUCACCCCCUGGUGACGAUGCUGCUGAAACGUAAAUGGGCGCGCUUUGGGCGCUGGCUAUACUACAGCAACCUAUUCGUGUUUCUCAUCUACCUUUCGUUCCUGACGAGCUACCUGAUCAUCACUGAUCCACCAUUUACCUACAGAAUGCAAAUGCUGGCAAACUCAGCUGACAACCAAACAAAAUUCAACUGCACAAACUUGGAUGGGAUAGAUUCACCACCAAGGAGUUCUAUGUUUGAGAAUGUAGCCAAGGUGGCCAUCAUGAUACUGGCUGCAGUGUUUGUUCUUAAGGAGGUGUUUCAGAUCUGUGCUUUUCGAAAGAGGUACAUUGCGUUGGAGAAUCUAGUUGAGUGGGGAUCUUUCAUCUCAGCUCUGUUACUCGUUAUAGACUUCACAAACUGUUCAAAGCAAACAGGAAUAAGAGAGGACUGGCAGUGGCAGCUAGGAGCUAUUGCUAUCUUUCUGGCUUGGAUUGACCUGAUCCUUUUCAUACAGAAAGUGCCUCAGUUUGGAAUUUAUGUCGUUAUGUUCACAUGGAUCUUCUCCACAUUUUGCCACUUCUUCGUCGUCUUCUUUCUUUUCAUCGUCGCCUUUGCCCUGGCCUUCUAUGUGCUUCUACAGAACCAGCUUCCUUUCCGCGACCCGUGGAAUUCAAUACUGAAAACAACCAUCAUGAUGAUCGGCGAAUUUGAGUACGACGCCUUGUUCAACUCUGGGUCGACGGACGAGGGGCAGAUAGUGCACUACGAGAUCACCUAUGUCAUCUUCGUCAUCUUCAUCAUGAUCAUGACGAUUCUGAUCAUGAACUUACUGGUCGGUCUGGCAGUCGAUGACAUCAAGGAGGUGCAGAACAAUGCAGUACUGCGUCGUCUUGCCAUGCAGGUGGAACUCACGCUCGGUGUCGAAAAUCUGCUUCCACAUUGGCUGCGCAAAAAGUUCAUAGUUAAAGAAAUAGCAGUCUCUCCGAACCUCUAUAAGACUCAUAAGUGGACGCGGAUCUUCUAUAAAAGCACAACAGACAAGGAGUCUUUUGCGACUUUGCUCGAGGGUGAUCAGAAAGAGCUACAGUCCCUACAAGCUAACCACGACGAGUUGCAGCGUAGCAUCGACGUCCUGCAGUCUCGCAUGACGCACGUAACUCGCCAGAAUGCACGCGUCAUGAGCCUGCUCACUAACAUCGCUCGCGCCCAGAACAUACCGUGGGAGACCGAGGAUAAAAACGAGCAAUUUGAGUAGCCGCGUCGUCGUAGGCGUGCGGGAAGCCGGAAACACAAAAUGGCCGUUCGUGUAUUCGUCACGGCCAGCGAGUGAGUGCGUUUUCGUAGUCACGUACAAAUGACGACAUGUCUGUGGAUGGCCGGAUAUCAUAAGAAAUAUCUGCCAUCCAUUCCUAGUCAUUUAAUAAAUGUAGAUGUUGGCAACUGCUAUGAUUGUGGAUGGCGUGAUUUCAUGAAAAAUAUUUGGCAUCCGUUUCUAUCCAUGUUAUAUAUAUAUAGAUGUUGGUACUUAUAUAAACUAAAAUCAAAUCAAUAACGAUUUAGGUAUUCUUGGUGGACGUUAGUGUGCAAGUCAAAUUCACAUAUAUUGACAUAUGGGUUUUAAUAGGGGUUACAUUUGUUGGACGAUGACGAAACUUUAAAUGAUUGAUAACCGCGUCUUCAUCAUAGAACUAAUUUUGAAAUACGGGUUUGAAUUGCACGUGUCCAUUAAUUAUUGCACGAUGUGCGAAGUUGUUCAAAAAAUUGGCCACUGAAUAAUUUUACCACCAGGGAAGAAAUUUCACUACGAUGCUGAUAGCAAAUGCCUUGGUUGCUUUAUUUGCUGUGCAUGGUGAACUAAAUUUGAGCUUAACCCCAAGUGGGCGUUUAUCUUACCGCAAUCAAUUAAAAUUCAAACCUGUGUAGACCAUUAAUAACAUAUCUGUUACGUAUAUAAUCAAAAGCGUAUUAAGAAGGUUCUUCUUUAUACUUAUAUCUUUUUCUCGUAUAAGAAGGCCUUCUUUAUACGCUCUUGAAAUAAUUAAUAAUCUGCCCAUAAAAUAAUCUAUGUAGAUUGCCGUGCAUAUCAAUGUUUAUCAUGUACUAAUGAGUGGGUGCAUGUACACGUGUUAGCAGACACUAUUGUGUGUGCGUGUGUGCGUGUGUGUGUGUGUGCGUGUGCGUCUGCG